CGGAGAAGAGCUCUGUCUCUAUCCAUGGCGAUCGAAGCUCCAGCAAUUCAAGAUUUUGAUCCUCAGCACCAUCAACACUACGGCACCUUCUCGCCCCUUGAUCCCGCCCGGAGAUCCUCACAAUAUCCCGGGAGCCUUCCAGUAGCGAUCGCUGAGGGGCGCGCCUUGUACGCCUCUCGAAUCGUCCGCGAGGAGGAGCCCCCACUCCCGCUUUGCAACAUUGGCAUUGGAUGGUUUCUAUUCGCGAUUGGAUUCGUUAGCAUCAUCCCCUGGUUCGUGGGCGCGAUCAUCUUCGCCUGCUUCACGCACGAUUGGAGAGAAAGGGCUGGGCUCGCAGCCUGUACGGUGGCUGCGUUCGUGACAAUCCUCGUCGGAGGCUCUCGGUUCUUGUGAUCGAGAUCACAAUGCCACGAAAACAGCCAAUUUGCCGUGCGCGGGACCCGAUCUUUUACACGUGGCACCUUCCUUUUCAGCCACGUGCUUUAAUUUUAUUUUACCUGAAUAAUCUAUUUUAUAGCACUUCUCUCCAUUUCCACUAAAAA